AUGGAUAGUAUUGGAACUUUAGAUUUGGCCUGGGCCCAAGGCUACAAUGGCUCCGAUGCCUUAUUCAUCAACCGUAACACUCUCUGCCAUGUCUGCGGCACUGGGAUCAAAUUCAUUGAUGUGACGACCCAUCGUGAGUCAAUCCACCCAUCGCCUGGUGAAGGCAUCGGAGUGUUUACAGUCAGUGGUAGCAUGCAUCUGGUAGCCUUCACAGAGAUGUGCCUGAAUCCUAGGAUCUUUGUGUAUUCCUAUCCAGGAUUUACACAGAAGGCCGUCUGCCAAGGAGGUACUAAACUGGAGUACAGUGCUCUUGCUUUCUCUCAUACACAUCCAUACCUUGCAAGCUGCUCAGCUAUUCCUAACUUCACGCUGACUCUGUGGAAUUGGGAGACAGGUUCACUGCUCUGCAGUAAAUCCAUGUGGGGCCUUCAAGCCAACCAUAUCUCCUUCAAUCCUACUGACUGGCAUAAACUCUGCGUUAUCGGUCCUAAGCAGAUGACUGUCUGGACCAUUGAACAGGCUGAUAAGCUCUACUCACUUGUACCAAGCAAAACCAGACUUCCCUACUGUGAUGAGGCAAAAACCAGACCCCUGACACCAGAAGAGGUUCCAGACAGACCGGCCACUCAAGCAGGACCCUUAAAGAUUGAUCCAGACAAGGCAGCGGUUGCCGGCCUGGUCGGGGAACCAGCCGAAACCUUUGAUGCAAACUUUGACGAGAAUCGUAGGAAGGUUGCUCCGGCUUCGAUGUGCUGGACGACGACGGGGGAUAUCUACUGUGGAUGCGAGGGGGGCCAGUUGCUGAAGUAUGACACCGAGACUCAGAUGGUGAAUAUGAUGUAUAAUCCUGAAGAGAAGACAGGUGGAGGAGCGUCUAGAGUGGCAUCUGCUGAUGGACUGUCUAGGAUGGCUACUGUACUUGAUGAGGAGGAGGCCAAAUCUCCAAACAAGAGUCUCUCUAUUAAGGAAGGAACUCUGAACUGCCUAGCUCUGCAUCGUGAGGGUCUAUUCGCUGGUGGUGAGGAUGGUAUCUUACGUUGCUUGGAUGUUGCUCAUGGUGUGGUGCAAGUAUCUGAUAGCUGGGAUAGUGGAGCAGCUAUCUCAUCACUCUGCUGGAAUACAAGCUAUAGCAAGCUGGCUGUCGGUAGCCCAAAGGGUUGUAUACAUCUAUAUGACCACAGUAAUCCAGGCACAGCAGAUGUACUGAUUGACACUCAUAAUGGGAUCUUUGUUGCUGUAGCAAUGAUGGCGCCGGGGACUCAACACUGUGUGUCUGUGAGGCAGAAUGGAGAAGUACAAGUCUGGAGUAUGGAAGACAAUAAGCUGGUAUCCAGUCUGUCUCUCAAUAAACCGGCUUCCUGCCUGGCAAGCAGCCCAUCAUCCCACUCUGUUGCCGUGGGAACCCUCAACGGCCACAUCUUCUUCCUUGAUCUCUCCAAUCUGGAGAAUCCACGCAUCAUCCAGCGUCUUCACAUCCAUCAGACACCCGUCCAACAACUGGUCUAUGAUGAGGAGGGGCGGUACCUAUUCACGGGGGCGGAUGAUGGCCAUGUGUUUGUGGUGGAUGCCAGGCCGUCGACGGGAUUCAACAUUCUUGGCCAGACACCUGUCGAAGGGCUUGUAGUAGCCAUUUCAACCAACACAUCUGAGAAGCAUGGACCAGUUAAAGUUCUGGUGACAUCCAAUACGACCCCAGAUAUGACCCAAGGAGCUAAUAAAUGCUGCCAGUUUGACCUGCCAAAUGACCUGGCUGAAGAUAUUGACAAGUUUAUGGCCAGUGCUAAGUGUGACUUCAAGGAAGAUGCCAUUGGUAAGAUGAAUUUGAACUUCUCCGUGCCGUGUGUUGGUGCUGCGUUGACUACAGGCAGUGUGUUCUACACACUGGCUUAUGACACCAAACAGCUACACAAGCUGAUUCUACCUGAUGAAGCUCCAAAGAAGGCCAACAACAAGGCUUCCUACCUGCAACCCCAGGGUGAAUUCCCAGGUCAUGACCUCCCAGGAGGCUCACUGAAUCUAUCUCAUCAUCAGAAAUGGCUGGCCUCAGCUAGUCCCGAUGGCCGUGUCUUAGUGCGUGGUGUAGGGGCGUUAGACCGUCCUAUCAUGAUACAGGCUCAUAGCUUCUGUUCUGGUGGAGUUAAGGAGAUGUGUUUGUCUACUGAUGCUCAGGCGGUGUUGACGUGUGGCGCACAGGAUGGGAUACUGGCAUGCUACACAUGGAAUUACAGCAAUACAGGUCGUAGUAAGGCCACCUCGGCCAUAGAAGCAGCUCGAUCCCAGAAUGCAAUGCUACAUGCCAUCCGCAAACGUGAGGAUGAGGUGAUGAGUGGUAUGCCUGACUGGAAUGAAGCUAUGUCUACGCCUAUGUCACGCUCAGUGUCAGACAUGCAGGGCCAUAAGAAAACUGGUGUGGAGCUCGCAAUUGAGAAGGAUGAGAUUUAUGUGACCCCGACACCGACCUUGACCUUUGACCCGACCUGGAUGGAGGUCAAGGAAAUGGAGGCCUUGCGAGAGGAAGACAAUCAAUACUCUGAGCUCAAGUCAGCACUGCGUAGUGACAUCAGAGAUCUGAGGAGAACGAUCCAAAGUAUGAUGAAGGAGAAUGAGACAUUACCAGACAUAGAGCAGCUUGGACAUGAUGAGUUCAAUUUAGAUUCCGAGGAGCAGCAGAGAUUGCAGGAGGAAGGAGAAGCUAAGGUUCAAGAGAUGCGAGCUAACAUGGAGUUUGAGGAUUUGGCAAAGACCUACUUGAGAGAAGUUAUCAAGAAUGAAUGCUGGGACUCCAUGCUGGUCAAAGGUCGUAGCAUUAAGGCCUUCCAUAUGAAUCUUGAGGUCGGUAACUAUCCAAUGAGAGACAGGACUAAGAAGGAGAAGGAGGAGUUAGCGUUUGUCACCAAGAUGAGACAGAUAGAGGCUGCUGAGAUGGCGGCUAGGAAAGAGAUCAUUGAGGUUCAACCAAAAGGAAACAAUGCUAAGCCAAGUGAUGGUGAGGAUGCAGAUGAUGAAUCUGAGGAAGGAGACGGUGCAGAGCAACCCUCAACCAUCGGCAGUCUGGGAGCUCAGUAUGGAGGAGGCAAUGAGCUCUUCUACAGUCAGUUUGAACUUCACACACGGCAACAGAAACGCAACCAAAUCAUCCUCCUGCAAGACGCUAUCUACCGUAUCAAGAUGAGCUUCAAUAAGGACUUUGAUGAAGUCUACCGAGCCAGGGAACAAGAGAUAGGUCGCAUCAAUGAUCGGAAUCAGCGCAUCUUGAAGAUCAUGGAGGAUCUGACUAGCAAGGAGGAGGUGUGGAAACCUGAGAUGGAUUCUGAUGAGAAACCUGAGAAACUACUGACUGUGGAGGAUAGUGAGGUCAAAGUUGAAAAGUUUGUCACGGCUGAGCAGAAGAAGAAGAUGGAGGAAGAAGCUGCCGAGGAGGCAGAGAGGAAACGACGAGAGAAAGGAGAUAAUGCUAGAGAUAGAGCCUUGGAUAUGAUGAUGGGUGGGGUACUGGAGAUUAAGAAAGAAGAUGAACUCAAGAAGGACGUCCCGAUUCCAGCCUUUAUGACCAAGCCGCAGGAUGAAUGGUCUGAAGAUGAACAGAAAGCACACAAGGAGUACGAGAGGAAGGUCAAGGAACUUGGUGAAGAACGAGAAAAAUACAGGAAGACUCUUGAAGCUGAACUGAAGAAGAUACAGACCAUCAUUGCAGACACAACUUCCAAUUUUGAUGAUCGUCUGACUGACUUGUUCCAUCGCAAGAUUAAGACAGAGAUGGUCAUCUACCAGGAGGAGCUGAAGAUUCUGCGUCUGAAUCGAGAGCUUCUUAUUGAAGAGGAAUUGGACGCCCAGGAGGAGGAAUUGAACCGGAGACUGGACGCUAAGAAGGCUCUCAAGGCGGAAACAGUCCAAGCGGUCAUGAAAGCCAAACGCAUGGGUGACUCUUACCGAGACACUUACGACAUCCGUGUCGCUGAAGACAAAGUCUUGGAGAAGAACUUCCGCAAGGAAUUCCCUGAGGUCCACGCUGUGCUGGUUGAUCAGCUGUUCAAGUUGUAUCGCAGAAGACCAAGAGGCCAGCGACGAGAUCAAAAGGGAUCUGUCGCUGAAACUCCCGUGGGCGCGGCCAAUCCGUAUGGAGAGCGCCCCCUAUCGGCAAGGCAGUCUAAUACAACGGUGGCGCUGAUGAAGGGAUUGGAUGAGCUUGAUCAUGAGUCGCACUGCCCGGAGGGAAUCGAACCCCACGUCUGGACUAAGAUGUGUAACCUACGCAGGACCAAGGCUCUUAGUGAACAAGAGGUCAAAGUUCAAGCUCUGACAUUGGCUGACAUGAACGCCUUCCAGCAGCAUCGACAGGAUGAAGAUGACAGACUGAAGAUUGGGAUUGAAGAAACUAAUGAAGCCCUCACCAGGCUUCGAGAAGAGCGCUUCCAGUUCAACUGCAACCUGGAUGUACAGUUUCUACUGAAGCAAGGUCAAGUAGAAGUGGACAGUGGGCCGUUCAUACAUGACUUCAUUGAUAGUAUCUUGAUCCAUCGUGGGGUCGUUGAGGAUCUGAACGGAUCCAUCAGGCAACUUGGAGAGCAGAAGAUUGCAGCUAUGACAGAGAGCAAGGAUUUCAGAAAAGGAAUUCAUAUUCUGGAAUGGGAACACAAGAAGAUGGUGAUGCAGAUUGAAGAUCUUCUGAACAAAGCUAGAACUAUUCAGAUGCUGAAAGUAUCCAGAGAUCUCCAAACAUUCCUUCAUAGUGAGGACCAUGAAGCGAGACGUCAACAAGAAAUAUCCACACUGGAGUCCACGCUGGAGAACCAACGAUCGCAUCACGAGAAGGCUUGUGAAGAACGCAAGAAGAUCUUGAAGGGUUUACGUCAGACGAUAAAAGGCAAAGAGAAGAAUAACUCCACGCUGGAUAAUGACUUGGAUGAAAUGAAUGUAUCUGUGGCUGAGAGGAAACACAUCAAUGAAGUCAACGCUGCCAUGCGGAAUGUUGGUGGUUCAGCUCAGCGUAUGAAGGACAUCGUACAGCGACGUAAGCUAGUGGAUCUAGCCAAGGCACAAGCUCAAGAAGUGGCCGUGUUGAGAGCAGAGGUAGAACGUCUUCGCAUGCGUACAUUCCCUGCACUGGUCCAAGUAGAACGCUGAGUAGUCUCACAGCAGACAUCUUGGUCUUGUCCCAUGAGGGCUUUGUAUAUACGUUUAAUAUAUCACAGGCACCAUACUAUUUUGAAUGAAAAAGUGCCUUAUUUAGAUGCUCAUUGACAAAAAUGCAUUUUAUUUUACAAACAUCUUUGUGUAAAUACUCUGGCUUAUCACUUAAAAAUGUUUGUACGUGUAAGAGGUGGUUGCUGAAUUGAAUGGAAAACAAAAUUGACAAUGUCCAAGUGUAUUCCAGUUACAAGAUGUGUUUUCACAUCUGCUUAAAGUUGACAUUUCUUUGGCUCAGGUGUGCAUCUUUAAAAUGUUAUUUUAGAACGAGUAGAGAGUGUAAGUAUGGAAAAAAAAUGUAGAAAUGUAUACAAGUGCUACAAACCUUGGUACAUUUUCACAAAUACCAGUUUAUUAAAAAAAAUUUUUUUUAAGUACUUUAUCCUGUUUUAGUACAAUUACAGGAACCACACUCCAUAAUAAAGUAUGGUUGCUAAAGCACUUCCCCAUAAUAGUUCUUGCAGUUUAUAAAAUGAUUCCAUACUAAAAAGGCUGCUUUGUUCUGACAAAAACCCUUCACAUUGUAUAUUGUAAAUAUUAGCAUUGGUUGAGUGUUUCUGUUUUGUAUUGGAUUCAUUGUUUCCUAGCGUCUCAAGAUUUGUUUGACAGAUUUCCAGCAAUGUACAUAUAUUAUGGCCGAAGUAGUGUUGGAAAAUAAAUGCAUAUGAUUUUACAGUCGCUGGGUUUAAUAAACUGAUAUUUGCAUGGUGUAUUUAAUAUUAAAAUUUGAAUAUUUCCAACUUGUGAUACUUUCAAAGCUUUCCUCAUAUCACACUGAUUCUUCCAAUAUUGAUAGGUGAAUACAAUCACUUAGAUGUAUUAUUGUAUUCAGUGGACAUUUAACGAUCCAGAAAUAUAUUUAUAUGCAUUAAGUAAAGUGCCCAGCAAGAUAAUUACUACUACGAAUAUAGUAUAUUCCGUCCACGAAGUUACAAAUGUAUUUGUUUGCAUAUAAUAAAAAUGUUCAUUGACAUUAAA